AUGGCCGUUCUUCAAACUUCCAUCGCGAUCUUUGUCGCCCAUAUUUUCCUUCUGCUUGGUCUUCCCGCAGCUUUGGUUGGUGCUGUCCCGGUGACAGUUCCUGUUACACCUGUGAAAAACGUUCUUCAAGUUGCGACGAAUCAAAGAACAUCUGCUGCGUCCUCUUACUGGGUUGCCAAUGUGAAGCGUCAGGGUACCGUGCCUUUCGUUAAGAGUGCCGACUAUCAAAUCUUCCGAAAUGUCAUGGACUUUGGUGCUACCGGUGAUGGUUCGACCGAUGACACCGCCGCUAUCAACAAGGCCAUCUCCUCCGGUGGUCGCUGUGGUAAGGGCUGCGACUCGUCUACCACCACGCCGGCUAUCAUCUACUUCCCACCCGGUACUUACGUUGUCUCCAAGCCCAUUGUGCAAUACUACUACACCCAGAUCGUCGGUGAUGCUGUCAACCUCCCGGUUAUCAAGGCAUCAGCCAAGUUCGCCGGUAUGGCCGUAAUCGACGCCGAUCCAUACGAAGACGAUGGCUCCAACUGGUUUACUAACCAGAACAAUUUCUUCCGUGCCAUUCGCAACCUGGUCAUCGAUUUGACUAGUGUUCCCCAGGGUUCUGGUGCUGGUAUCCACUGGCAGGUUGGCCAGGCCACCAGCUUGCAAAACAUCCGCUUCGAGAUGGUCAAGGGUGGUGGUGUCGCAAACAAGCAGCAGGGUAUCUUUAUGGAUAACGGAUCCGGUGGUUUCAUGUCCGACCUCACCUUUAACGGUGGUAACUACGGCAUGUUCCUCGGUAACCAGCAGUUCACCACCCGCAACUUGACUUUCAACGGCUGCCAGACUGGUAUCUUCAUGAACUGGAACUGGGCGUGGACCUUCAAGUCUGUCCAAAUCAACAACUGUGAGGUUGGAUUGAACAUGUCUACUUCGCCUUCCAACCAGACUGUCGGCUCCGUCAUGCUGCUCGACAGCAAGUUGACAAACACCCCGACUGGUAUUGUGACUGCCUGGACUAAGGAUAGCAUCCCCGUCGGUGGUGGUGACCUCAUCUUGGACAACGUGGACUUCUCUGGCUCCAAGAUUGCGGUCGCUGGCGUUGAUGGUAACGAGAUUCUGGCUGGUGGCUCCGUCGUCGACAACUGGGUUCAAGGUAACACUUACACUCCCUCCAAAACUGUCAAGCGCGCCACCGAGGCCGAGCCUGAGGUUGUCACUGUCGUCCAGACCGUGGUGCACACUGUUCUUGCCUGCCCCGCAUCCCAUGGAUUGGCCAGUGCUAGUGAGAGCGCUCCCGCUCCUGCUAAGACUGCCUCAGUUGGUACUGCUGCUGCUCCUUCGCCUGCUCCCGCUGUCAGCAGCAACGUCGCCAACCUUCCUCUUACCACUGGUGAGGCCGGAAGGUCCGUUGUUGAUUCCUCCACCGCCGGCCUUCCAAUCUUGGACACUUUGAACUCCAUUCUUGGUGGAUCCUCCGAUACCCCCGAGACUACUGAGGCUGUCCCUGCCGCUCCUGCUACCAGCCAGGCUCCUGUUGCUUCUCAGGUUCCUGUUGUUUCCCAGUCUCCUAUUGUCUCUUCUGCUUCCAGUGCCAUCGUUCAGCAACCUGCUGGAAGCGUUGUACACUCUGCCCCCGUUGCCACCGCUACUCCUACUUCCACUGGUACCUCUCAGACCUCCAACAGUGGCUCUGGAUCUACCUCUGAGUCUGGAAGCGACAGCAGCAGUGGCACUGGCACUUGUGGUGCUCAACAGGCCGUCUCUUCUGCACGCACCCAAACCACCAUGAAGGUUGCCACCAAGCCCGCCAGUCUCCUGAAAGAUGGUGCCGUCUUCGAACGCUCCAAGCCACUGUAUGAGGACGUUGAGGCCUCCAACUUUGUUAGCGUAAAGUCUGCCGGUGCCAAGGGUGAUGGAACCACCGAUGAUACCGAGGCUAUCCAGAAGAUCUUCAACAGUUACAAGGACGGUCAGGUUAUCUACUUUGAUCACGGUGCAUAUGUUAUCACCUCGACCAUCAAGAUCCCCAAGGAUAUUAAGAUCACCGGUGAGAUCUGGCCCAUGCUGAUGGCACACGGCAAGACCUUUGCCGACCAGGAGAACCCUGUACCUCUCUUCCAGGUUGGCCAGAAGGGCGAAUCCGGCUCCGUCGAGAUGAGCGAUCUGAUCAUCACCACCAAGGGUGCUGCCCCUGGCGCCAUUCUCAUGGAGUGGAACCUUGCUGCCGCUUCCCAGGGCUCCGCCGGUAUGUGGGAUGUUCACUUCCGCAUUGGUGGUGCUGCUGGCACUGAGCUCCAGAGCGACACUUGCCCCAAGACCCCGAAGGAGAAGACCACCCCCAAGAAAGAGUGCAUGGCCGCCUUCAUGCUUCUGCACGUCACCUCCAAGGCCAGUGCCUAUGUUGAAAACUGCUGGUUCUGGACCGCCGACCACGAGCUUGAUCUCGAGGACCACAACCAGAUCAACGUUUACACCGGUCGUGGUGUUCUCAUUGAGUCCAAGAACCCAGUCUGGCUGUGGGGUACCUCCUCCGAGCACCACCAACUGUACAACUACCAGGUGUCAGGUGCCAAGGAGGUCUUCAUGGGUCUCAUUCAGUCUGAGACUCCUUACUACCAGUCUAACCCUACCGCCCUGGUCCCCUUCACCCCCCAGCAUUCCUGGAAUGACCCCGACUUCUCCAACUGCACCACCAACUCGUGCCGCAAGUCCUGGGGUCUGCGUGUUCGGCAGUCGUCUGACGUCUUCGUCUACGGCGCUGGUCUCUAUAGCUUCUUCGAGAACUACGCCCAAUCCUGCCUCAACACCGAGGAUUGCCAGGAGAACAUGGUCGAGGUUGACUGCUCGGACAUUCACCUGUACGGUCUCAGCACCAAGGCAGCUGUCAACAUGGUCACCUCCUCGCAGGGCAAGAGCAUGGUCCCCAACAAGCCAAACCAGAGCAACUACUGCUCGACCAUUGCUCUUUUCCAGCAGACUGUCUAG